CUGCUGUUAGCCAGUACAGUACAGAACCAGAGAUGCCAAGAUGGCUGCAAGCAACUAUUUCGGCUUCACACAUGGUGCCGGUCCGCAAUACAGUACCCAGCCUCCCCAGGCCUACUCACAUCCUUCUACAGCCAGCUACAGUGUCCAGCAGGCUCCAGCUGUUGCUCAUGCAGUGACAGCAUCCUACUCUCCAGCUCCAGUCCAGGCAGCCAGGCCUGUGGUCUCGGCCUCUUAUCCUGCCUAUCAGACCCACCAGGCACCUCCAGACUACACGUACCGACAGCCAGACCCCCCUCAAACUACCACCACACCACAGACGUACCAGGUAUACUCAGACAUGCAGGAGAACUACAACUAUGGGCGUCCUCCUGUUGUGACGACAUAUGACAACAAACAGUACUACCAGACGAGUAUAGCCUCGGCUCAGCGGACGCCCACAGACAAUUAUUACCAGACCAUAGGAGUAAAGAGCGAAUAUAGUCCAGCCACCUCUACCGUGUACAACCAGCCUCCUCCACCUCAGCGGCAGGUCACUGCUCUGAAACCCCUGGCCAUCUCCAGCCCUGUUUCUACCAGCUACAACAUUUACCCAGUGUCCACCAGUGUUCAACAAUCUCCAACACCCAUUUCAUCAUACACCCUGGGCUCCUCUUUCAGCUCCACCGCCUCAGCCAGCUCUUACUCUGUUCUGCAGCACAGCUUGAAAGAACUACUGGAGGCAUUGGCAAGUGGCACAAUGCAGGCGUCCUUAGCGACCACAGGUAUUAGUUACUCCAAUUAUGACUCGGUUGGCUACACCUCCACAUCGAGCCCAUCCUAUUACCAGCCGGCCCAGCAGACUCUGUCCCAACCGCAGCCUCCACCGCAGCAGUCGCAGCUGCCCCAGCAGCCCCAAGAAACCCAGCCCUCUAUCCAAUCACUACCCAAGCAGCUCACAAGUUCAUCCUGGAGUAACUCGGGCAGCAACAUGGUAACAGCCCCAACCGGAAACACCUAUAAAAAGCCUGCUUUCCACCAGCACAAGCUCCAAAGACCCAAAGGGCCUCCCAAACAACCUCAGCUUCAUUACUGUGACAUUUGCAAGAUCAGCUGUGCAGGCCCUCAGACAUACCGGGAACACAAUGAAGGCCAAAAACAUAAGAAAAAGGAGGCCGCCCUAAAGGCUGGGGGGCAGUCUGGGACCAGCAAUGGGCCAAGAGGAGUCCAGACUCAGUUACGCUGUGAGUUAUGUGAUGUGUCAUGCACCGGAGCGGACGCCUAUGCUGCACAUAUCCGUGGGGCCAAACACCAAAAGGUGGUGAAACUUCACACCAAACUUGGCAAACCUAUACCUUCAACUGAGCCAGUGUUGGUUAACUCUGCUUCAGUUAUCACAACCUCAACAGCUGGGAAACCUUCAGUCUCCUCCUCCGUGUCUCUAUCAGUCUCGACCACUUCAUCUGCUGCUGUGACGCCCAAACACGCGGCCGCAAACACCACAACCAAAAUAAGCCUUCCAGUCAAGAAACCAACCCCCUUCAAAAUGACUUCCACUUCUAAUAAGCCAGCCGCUUCUCCAGCAGCCACAACUGUUGCGGUGGCGCCUGCUAAAGCAGACGAUCCUGUUAAGCCAUCAGUCCAGAAGAUGGAGCCACAGGGUGAGGAUGAGAAAGGUGACAGAGCUGGAGGUCAGGGGGACGUCCAACCUGUGGGACAUGACUAUGUUGAAGAGGUACGUAAUGAUGAUGGGAAAGUGAUUCGAUUCCACUGUAAACUGUGUGAGUGCAGCUUCAAUGAUCCCAAUGCUAAAGACAUGCACCUGAAGGGAAGGAGACACAGACUGCAGUACAAGAAGAAAGUGAACCCUGAGCUUCCUGUGGAGAUUAAGCCCAAUAACCGGACUAGAAAGCUGCAGGAGAGCAAGCUAAAGAAGCAAAAGCAGAAGGCUGUGCUGAAGAGACAGAGAGACGAUGAGCAGCGCUGGCAGAUGGACAUGAGGCGAUAUGAGGAGGACAUGUACUGGAGGAGGAUGGAGGAGGAGCAGAUGUAUUGGGGAGACCAGAGACGCAGGAUGGCGCCUCCACCUUUGAUGAGUCGUCCUGGGAUGCCAGUGCCCCCUCUACUGACGUGUGUACGUCGACCUGACUCUUCUGACGACCGUCACAUCAUGGCCAAGCACUCCACUAUUUACCCAGUGGAAGAGGAGCUGCAGGCUGUUCAGAGGAUCGUCUCUCACACGGAGAGAGCUCUAAAGCUGGUGUCUGACUCCCUAAUCGAGAAGGAGACCAAAGCUGAUCCGACUAAUGCGACUGAUGCGGCUAAUGAAGGAGAUGAAAAAAGCUCUGAAAACACCACGCGGCUGUUAAAAGGAGUGAUGAGGGUGGGCAUCCUGGCCAAGGGCUUGCUGCUUCGUGGGGACAGAAAUGUGGAGCUCAUCCUGCUGACUGCUAAGAAACCCACCAUCUCAUUACUGAAGAGCAUCACCAAGCAGCUGCCAAAGGAUUUCUCGACAUUUUCUGAAGAUCAGUAUGAGGUGCAGGCUCACCCCGAGGAGGCGAACAUCGUGAUAUUUUCAAGCAAGGAGCCCAAAAUGCAGGUGACCCUUUCUCUCACCUCGCCGCUGAUGAGGGAGGACCCUGCUGCUGAGAAGGACAAGCAGGCAGGAGGAAAAGCGGCUGAGAAAGAUGAUGCUGAGAGCGAGCCUCCCGACCUUCUGAAUAAGAAGAAAUGUUUGGAGUACCUGGCUGCCCUCCGUCACGCCAAAUGGUUUCAGGCUCGUGCAAAUGGACUGCAGUCCUGUGUGAUCAUAAUUCGUGUGUUGAGAGAUUUAUGUCAGCGUGUUCCCACCUGGGGGAAGAUGCCUGCUUGGGCAAUGGAGCUGCUGGUGGAGAAGGUGAUCAGUAGCGCCACAGCUCCCCUCAGCCCAGGAGAGGCCAUGCGUAGGGUUCUGGAGUGCAUCUCUACGGGCAUCCUGAUGCCAGAUGGACCAGGUCUGAUGGACCCCUGUGAAAAAGAGCCCACAGAUGUUAUGGGGAGCGUGAACCCUCAAGCCCGGGAGGACAUAACCGCCAGCGCGCAGCAUGCUCUGCGGCUGCUUGCUUUCCGUCAGGUCCACAAGGUUCUAGGCAUGGAGUCCCUGCCGGCGUCCAAGGCUAGUGCACGCAACCGCAAACGUCGGCGGGACGUCAGCGACGUGGGCGAAGGCGAGGGGGAGGGCAAGAAAGACAAGAAAGAAGAAGCAACAAGUGCUUAGCCCCCGCCUCCAGAACGGAGGAGUUGUAGUUUUGAGACUGGAAGAAUGUCAUAACUUUUAUUAUGUUGAAAAACUCCUAACCCAGAGCCAUAAAUAUAACUUUAACUCAUGUUACUUGUCUGACCUUGAAGAGGAAUGAUGCGUUUAAGGACAUUUGGAACGAUCAUUGAAAAUCAUGCGAUUUCUUCUCUCAUAGCAAUGUUUAUGUAGGUUUUACUUAUUCUAAAGUAUGCACAUUAAUUUGGCUUUGUCCCAGAAAAAAACAAAGACUUCUUGAUUGCGUCAUUCCAUUUCAAUAUAACUGCACAUUAACUACUUGCCAACCCUUUCCUGGGUGAUCAUGCCUCAGUGGGUAGAAUAAGCUGUUCACUAUAAAAAUAGCGCUACAUACACUAUAUAAAGAUCAUAAACUGUAUAUAAAGAGCACCGUAUGAGUGUUUGUGUGACUGGGUAAAGGAGACACAUUUGUACCCAGAGAAGGUUAACGGAAAACAAAAAAAGUUCAGACCAAGUACCUUAUUUAUUCGCAGUAUUCACAAUACUGUUUUCUGCUCCAUCAAACUCCCAGUAGUUUAAAGAUCAGCACCUUUUUAAAUCUUUAUUUUAAGAUGUUUCUCUUGGCGGAAAUGCUGAACUCUGCUGCUCUGUUUUCAAAUGAUGUUGCUGCUGAAUUUUUUUUAUUUUUUUUUUAAGUAAGACGAGGCUUUGAAAUGGUGAUACAGAUCGGAGAAACCCGUUAAGAAGUAUGCACAGUACUGUGAUGAUCAUUGUGCCAACAGAUGAAACAUCAGACAUAGAAAAAGGUUGAAGUUUGUUUGCCCCCCCACCCUCAUACAUUUACAAAACUUCAGUGAGACUUUGAAUUUUGAACUCCAACCCCACCUUCAGAACAAGGCAAAUGUAAAAUAGGUCACCUACACACACACACACACACACACACACACACAGGGACCCCCCACUUCAAAGUCAGUCUGCAGUUUAUGAGAGGUCCUGCAUCACAUGUUGCACAGUGGCGUUCUGAGAAAAUUAAGCACUUAUGAGAAGAUGAUGUAUUCACACGAGUUUUAUCCAAUGAGUUAUAUGCCUAAUAAUUGCUUUGUUUUCUUCCAAAAGAUGGUUAGCAGAGGACAAAACAAACAAACUGAAAUUAGAAUAAACUGAACAUCUGCUGUAAUGAUCAAAAGAUUACAAACGUUUGAUUUUCUUGUGCCUGCAUCCUGUGUACAGAAGACUGAGGAAAGCGAGCAUUCAUAAGUUGUUUUUCUGUGUUUAGUAUUUAAUGGUCUCAUUUAACUGAGGUGCAGGACUGAAGGAGGACAGUUGCACAAAUUUGAGUUAAAAGAUGAUGCGAGAGAAUUAAUAUGAUGUAUUUUUAGUUUGAUAUAAAUUCACCAAGACAGUUAUAAACUGUAUGAGUAUUGCCCAUUUUGUUUCAGGAGGAUCUUAGUCAUUUUGUAUUGUUUAAACUGUCCAAUUAUUUGAAUGUCUGGAGUGUUAAAAUCAAGGGGGCGAUAUUAAAGAAAAA